ACUCCUCUCUCUCUCUCUCUCUCUCUGUAAAAGCUUCCUCGACACACCGCCAACAGCAAGCUCGCAGAAAUUCAUCAUCGAGAAAAAUGGAAACGCCGAAGCACACAUGCUUGAAGCUCCAAUUACCGAUGGGCGGCGGCGUACCUGAACCCGUUUUUGUGAAGGGUACCUGGUACCCGACCCGAUUCGACAUUUCCGUAACCGACGGCCUCCAGGCUUGGACUUGCCAUGCUACUGAGGAAGAGGUGAUGGAGAGAGCGUCGUGCUGGGACCAAACGGCGCCGUACUACAUUGACUUGGCCGAGAGGUAUCUCGGCUUUCAGCAGGAGGAGGUUGUAUGGAAAUCGCAGUCGUUUGACAAGCUCAAACUGGAGGCUGAAAAGUGCCUAGCACAAAGUGAGAAACUCAGCAGUGAGAAAUCAGAGUUUGAAUCUGAAAUAUAUGGAAAGUUUGUUCAGGUCUUGAACUCAAAGAAAGCAAAACUGAGAACGCUACGCAAUAGGCUCUCCAAAAAGCCCUCAGCUGAAAAUUCCCCUCAAGAAGAAGUGUCCUCAGAUAGUGGUGAAGAAAGUGAAAAAGAACAAGUGUCCUCGGACAGGACUGAGAGGAUGAAGAAGAUGAAGAGGACCCAGCAAAAGAUGGUGGCGUUUCCUCUUCUAAAAACGCCCCAACCUCUAAGCCCCGCGGUAGAAAAAGGAAGUAAGAGAGCAUAGGGUUUGUGAUAUUGUAUGUACAUUGAAAAAAAACUCCGAAUUGAAAUGAAAUUUACUUCUCAUA